AUGGCUGCCUCAAGCGAAGCCGGCUUCCCAAUGUCGGAUGCCCUCUCUCGAGGAGGAGCUACCCCCAGACGAGGGUUUCCAUCCUCAUCAUCAGCCAGACCCCGCGGGCCGCCGUCAGAGAAUACCGGUGCUGCGAGUGAGUUUGACGGAGAUGGAUUUGCAGACGAUCAGGUUCCCCGUAGUUCGAGGAUACCUGACGCUGCCAAUAUCCCUAAGAUCGACGACAGGAUUGGCAUGAUUGUCCAGGAGCAUUUCGAGCAAUUCCUUGAAGGUUUUGCUGAAGAUCCUCUCUCGUCUGGCGCACCGACAUCGAGCGCCGUUACCACCGAUAAGUACUACAUUGCCCAGAUCAGAGGCAUGCGAACAUACCAACUCUCAACCAUAUACGUUGACUACAAGCACCUGGUAUCAUGGCAAAGUGGCAGCUUGGCCGAUGGUGUUAUCAACCAGUACUACCGUUUUAUCCCAUUCAUUACUGGUGCUCUGCACAACAUGAUCGCCAAGUAUGAGCCCCAGUACUUCCGCGAACAUCGCCAGCCAACUGCUUCCACCCUGGCUACAUCUGCCGCGAGCAACCUUGGAUCUGCGAGCCAGUCCGAACCUUCUCACCGCAAAAACGAACAUCAGCAGACGGAUAAGCUCUUCUCCGUGGCAUUCUACAACUUGCCACUCGUCUCAAGAGUCCGUAGCCUACGUUCAUCCCACAUUGGCCAGCUCCUCUCCAUCUCAGGCACAGUCACGAGAACAUCCGAAGUCAGGCCAGAGCUUUCGCUUGCAACCUUUGUCUGCGAAGCUUGCCGCAACGUUGUACCCAACGUGGAGCAGACCUUCAGAUAUUCUGAACCAACGCAAUGCCCUAACCAAACCUGCCAGAAUCGGUUUGCCUGGCAACUCGAUAUCCGACACAGCACAUUUGUGGAUUGGCAAAAGGUCCGAAUUCAAGAGAAUAGUUCCGAAAUUCCAACUGGAAGCAUGCCUCGAACGAUGGACGUCAUCUUGCGAGGUGAGAUCGUCGAUAGAGCAAAGGCUGGAGAGAAGUGCAUCUUCACUGGAAGUUUAAUCGUCGUACCUGAUGUGAGCCAGCUCGGUCUGCCAGGAAACAAAGUCACCUCAGUCCGUGAUGAUCGGCGAGGAGAUGAUGCAGGAGGCAGCGGUGUCACGGGUCUGAAGGCUCUGGGUGUUCGUGAUCUCACAUACCGACUAGCGUUCCUUGCUUGCAUGGUGUCCCCAGACACGUCUGGCUCUGGUCAGUCUGGCGCUGAUACCGCGGCCGAGAUCAUCAAUGCCAUGACCCAGAGCAACGCCACUGAGACUGAGCAAUCUGCGGAAGAAGCACAAGCAACUGUGUUGUCAAGCAUGAACAAUGCUGAAAUUGAUGAUCUGAGAGCCAUGGUGCACGGCGAUCGAAUCUACUCUCGACUUGUCAACUCGAUGGCCCCAAUGGUGUACGGGCACGAGUACGUCAAAAAAGGUAUUCUGCUCCAGCUCCUGUCUGGUGUGCACAAGACAACACCUGAGGGUAUGCAGCUUCGUGGAGACAUCAACAUUUGCAUCGUCGGCGAUCCCUCUACCUCAAAGUCACAGUUCCUCAAGUACGUUUGCUCAUUUGCGCCUCGUGCGGUCUAUACCAGUGGUAAAGCUUCAUCCGCCGCCGGUCUCACCGCCGCCGUAGUCAAGGACGAAGAGACGGGUGAAUUCACAAUUGAGGCCGGUGCCCUCAUGUUGGCUGACAACGGUAUCUGCGCCAUUGAUGAGUUCGACAAGAUGGAUAUCGCGGACCAGGUUGCCAUCCACGAAGCCAUGGAACAGCAGACCAUUUCCAUCGCCAAGGCAGGUAUCCAGGCCACGCUGAAUGCGCGCACCAGUAUCCUGGCAGCGGCGAACCCUGUUGGCGGUCGAUAUAACCGCAAGACCAGUCUCCGCGCCAACAUCAACAUGUCAGCCCCCAUCAUGUCCCGUUUCGAUCUCUUCUUCGUCGUUCUCGACGAGUGCAACGAACAAAGCGAUCGCCAUCUGGCCGAGCACAUUGUCGGUAUCCAUCAACUCAGAGACGCGGCCGUCGAGCCUGAGUUCAGCACAGAGCAGCUCCAGCGCUACAUUCGCUUCGCCAAGACCUUCAAGCCCGAAUUCACCCCCGAAGCCAAAGAGGUCCUGGUGCAGAAAUACAAGGAGCUGCGCGCCGACGACGCACAGGGCGGCGUUGGCAAGAAUUCCUACCGUAUCACCGUUCGCCAGCUCGAAAGUAUGAUCCGUCUGUCUGAGGCUAUCGCCAAGGUCAACUGUACCGAGGAAAUCAGCCCCGAAAUGGUCGUCGAGGCAUACACUCUUCUGCGCUCCAGCAUCAUCUCCGUUGAGCACGACGAUGUCGAGAUGGAUGGUGACGAGGAAGACACUCAAGAAGAGGCCGAGGCUCUGCGUCGCGUUGUCGAGGAGGACAGCGCCGCGGCAGAUCAAGAAGGCGAAGACUCCCAAGGAAGGAAGAAGCAGAAGAUCACAUACGAAAAGUACAUCAAGAUGGUCAACGCAUUCGUUCAGCACAUCAAGAACGACGAGACGGCCAGCGGCGACGGUAUCGAGGGCGGGGAGCUCAUCAAUCGCUAUCUGGAAGACGUGGAGGAGGAACUGGAGAACGAAGAGAGCUACGAGACGGAGAAGACGCUAGCCAACAUGGUUCUCAAGAGAAUGGUCAAGGACAAGAUUCUUAUGGCCCUUCGCGGAGAGGGUUUAAUGAGCGACGACGCCGCAGGAUCAUCUGCCGCAGCAGCAAACAUCAUUUAUGUCCUGCAUCCCAACUGCGCAGUUGAAGAAUUUUAA